GGAGCUGCUGAGCCGGGCAAUAAUUAAGAAGUUCCAGUCAACUGGAAAUGUUAUGAAUCAACCUGGAAGAGGACGUGUGUCUAAAUUGUCUCAGCACACUGUGAAGAGGACGGUUCGAGCGGCCAAAAAAUGUCCAAGGAUCAUAGCUGAAGAAUUUCAGAAGUUAGCUGCAUCUUGGGGUCAGAAAGUCUCCAAAACUACAAUCCAAAGUCACCUACAUCACCACAAGCUGGAAGGGUUUCAAGAAAAAAGCCUCUACUCUCAUCCAAAAACAAAUUCAAGCGUAUUCAAGGUUCUAUGGUCAGAUGAAACCAAAGUAGAGCUUUUUGGCAAUAAACACCAGAGGAGGUUUUGGUGCACACAGAGAGGAAGCCAUAUGGAAAAGUACCUCAUGUCCACGGUUAAAUAUGGUGUUGGCUCUUUAAUGUUUUGGGGCUGUUUUUCUGCCAGAGAACCUGGACAUUUUGUUAGGAUACAUGGCAUCAUGGACUCUAUCAAAUAUCAACAGAUAUUAAAUGAAAACCUGACUGCCUCUGCCAGAAAGCUUCAAAUGGGCCGUGGUUGGAUCUUCCAGCAGGACUAUGAUCCAAAACAUACAUCAAAAUCAACACAAGAAUGGUUUACUGACCAUAAAAUCAAGGUCCCGCCGUGACCAUCCCAGUCCCCUGACUUCAAACCCAUAGAAAACCCGUGGGGUGAACUGAAGAGGAGAGUCCACCAGCAUGGACCUCGAAAUGUGAAGGACCUGGAGAGAUUCUGUAUGGAGGAACGGUCUCAGAUCCCUUGCCAUGUAUUCUCCAACCUCAUCAGGCGUUAUAGGAGAAGACUCAGAGCUGUUAUCUUAGCAAAGGGAGGUAUUGAUUAAAAGGGUGCCAAUAAUUGUUGCACACCUAUAUUUAACAAAUAUAUGUUUUUUUGAUAAACCGGGGUUUUUGUAUUUUUGUGAAUUUACUUUUGUGAAUAAAAGAUCAAAAGGUUAAACUAUAAAGACACUUUUAUUUACCAAGGAUGCCAAUAUUAGUGGAGGGCACUGUAUAUAUAUAUAUAAAGAUUAUAUACUGUAAUUAUAUAAUAUGAUUAUAUAAUAAUGCAGUCCCUCCAGUAUUUCACAAAUUCCCGAAAGCAGAAAUUAACGCAAAAUCAAGCAAACUCUGCAAUAUUCGGAGGAGCUUGCAAUGUUUCAAAAUCACCGCAGAUUUUCCACAGAUUUGGGCCGAGACACUUCAUGUGAUAUCAUCACAACACGCGUUCAGCCAAAUCCGCCUUCAAUUCACGUGCGUUGAACAUGAGUACAGCUAAAAACUCUCAUUUACCAACAAAGUGCGAAACAAUUUUGUGCAAUUGCGCCAAUUCGUGUAGUUUUCCACGAAAAAAGAACCGGAAAAAACUCCGCAAGUUGCCUCAGAAUAUUUUGAAGAAAAAAAAGCUGCAGCUUGUCAUGUUAAGAAAAAGUGUCAACUUCCCUGUCCUGAAGACCUCCCUAUGUAGGAGAACAUAACUCUGACUGUCACAAAGCACUGACACCGAAGACUCAUUCCGUCAAUGAUAAGACGUUAAUCAGUGCAUGUGGAGCGUCCACCUUACAAGUCCCUGUGUAUGUUGUUGUAAGUACGCCGUCGUAAUAAUAAACUGUAUUUAAUUAUGAAAGUGUUACUGAGAUGAACAGCAGCUCAUAACACCACAUGAUUCCACACACAGCACACGACACUGUGGGGAAAAAUGAAAGUGAAUGAGCCGAGAAGCUGAGAGAAAGGCUCGGUUUCUGAUUGGCUGUUGGAGGACAGUCCGGUUUAGUGGUCAGUAGUAACACUGGUGUGUUUAAAGAGAUAUAAUAAGAAAAAUGUACAGUUAUUAAUUUACAGUAUAAUGCCUGCACUAAACUGCUCGUUUCUUUGAAUUCAUUUCAUUUGAAUAUUUAUUUAACAAUUAAGUAACUUGUUAAAUACAAAAUAUAUUUACAAAUGAUGUGACUGUGUGAGGUUUGAGUUUAAUACUGCUGUAAGUCUGUUUCAGUAAAAGAUCAGUUACUACUUCACUCUGUUUUUGACUGAUUUGUUAUUAUAAUAGACUCAGGCCUGUUUCUGUCUCAGUCUCACACCUGUCUGUCUAUAGUUCAGUCUACCUCUCUCUCUCUCUCUCUCUCUCUCUCUCUCUCUCUCUCUCUCUCUCUCUCUCUCUUUCAGUUCAAUGCAGUUUUAUUGGCAUCAAUGCCAAAGUGGUUUUGACUAAGAAAUAGUAAUCUUUCUCUCUCUCCGUCUCUCUCUCUCGUCCUCUCGCUCUGUCUAUCGCUCCGUCUCUCUCUCUCUCUCUCUCUUACUCACACUCUGUCACGCUUUCCAUUUUAAAGUAAAAGCAACAAGCUGACCAGUGUUUCUCUCACAACUCCAUUACAUUUUUACAUAUCAUCACUAAAGGUCCCCUUACUGCACAAAUGUGUUAUAACAGGGUAAUACCACGUGAAUAAAAUGUAGUUGCACUGUAGGAAAUAAAACACGUGACAACACGUGUAAAAGACUGAAAUUAAACCCGACCAAAUAAAGUUACUGUAUAAAAAUGCAUUUCUCACCGUGUGUGAUUAAGCAGAAUCACUCACACACAGACACGCACACACACGCACGCACGCACGCACACACACACGCACACACACACACGCGCACGCGCGCACACACACACACGCACACACACACAAAUAUGGAGGAAUUUUGCAAGUCAAAAACUGUCAGUUAAUUAGGGCCUAAGCUUUUAAUCUUUCAGAAACGAGUUUAAAACUCUGAGAAGCGUCUCAACAUGUUUACGUUCGGUGUAAAUAUGAGAUCACGAACAUUUUAUAUUUAAAUAUCUUCAUCUUUUUAACAAAUGAAAUGUUUCAUAAAAACCCGACUUGUGUGUGUGUGUGUGUAUAUGUGUAGCAUUUCAUGUCCUUAUAUUGUCCUUAUUUCUUUCUUUCUCUCUAUUUAUAUUUAUAUAUAUGCGUAUGUGCAUGUGUUCGGGCUAAGAGAUGGAAGGAGGAAAUGUCUCAUCCGAAGAACUUUGACAACGUCAUGACUAAAAAAGAGCCAGAGGAAUUUGAGCUGCUCGACUACGACUUCAUCCUCUCCAACAGCAUCAUGCAGCAGCAACAACAGCAACAACUGCAACAGCAACAGCAGCAGCAGCAGCAGCAGCAGCAGGGUCGGCCGCCUCCACAGGAAAUGACAUCAUCUGCCUAUCCAUGCUAUCACAUGUCAUAUGUACCGGACAUCAGUGACGUUUCUCCGAGCGGUGGAUUCGUCGCCGAGCUCAUGAGGCCUGAUCUAGACCCUACCUACCUUCAGCCACUUACCGCCAACAUUAGCAUUACUGCAAAUGCUAAUACUAACACUAAUGUGAACCUACACGGGAAAUUUGUGGUUCAAACGACGAAUGUCCAAACAAACACGUCGUCGUGCGGUGAGAGUGAGAACAUGGCUGCGUCAGAACCGUCGCCGGCUCUGUUCAUGUGCCACAGAAUUAAACAGGAAGUCCAGGCCUCCACGUCCUCUUCCUCCCUCUCACCGGAAGAGCAUCACACACCUGCACAGGUGUUGGCUCAUCCCUCAAUCUCUGUACCACAGGGAUUUCAUCCAUCUCACGGUUAUUCCCAGUUUGCCGCGGCGUCAGUGCAGUACUCAGAAAUGGUUCCUCCUGCAGGGGAGGAAGCGAAACCCAAACGUGGGCGACGCUCGUGGCCAAGGAAGAGGAUGGCCACACACACGUGUGAUUACGCCGGCUGUGGGAAAACCUACACUAAGAGCUCACACCUGAAAGCACAUCAUAGAACACACACAGGAGAGAAGCCAUAUCACUGUGACUGGGAAGGCUGCGGAUGGAAAUUCGCCCGCUCUGACGAACUGACCCGUCAUUACCGUAAACACACUGGUCACCGGCCGUUUCAGUGUCAGAAGUGUGACCGUGCUUUUUCCCGCUCUGAUCAUCUGGCACUGCAUAUGAAACGCCAUCUAUAACCUUCGAUCCUAAUCCCAAACACGACGCACAGGACGUCCAUCGAAACUCCGCGACACGAGUUGCCUUUUUAAAGAAAAGACAACGAAAGAAAAAGACACAAGACACGCUGUGAUGUUCACGGCAAAACAAAGUUCACCAUCAUCUCUUUUAUUUUUACUUUAUAUACAAGCUGACGGCUCAUGAACCGGACGACAAUUCAGCGAACUGUACUGACGACUUUAUUUAUUAGACUUUAUUCGAAUUGUACAUCAUCAUUAUCUCCAUUUCAUGUCUACACUACAAACGGCUGUUCACUGAGGCGCUUUAGUUCUCGUAGCAAACAUCCCAUAAUACUACAACAUGAUCAAACUCCAGCAACACCAAAUUAGGAUAACACUCAUUCUAAUUACUUCCUGUAGUGUACACUACUUAGUGAUGUUCCGUCCCUCUGUCCCGAGUUGACCUCAGUCUGAUGGAGAAGCCCAGGGUCUCUACUCGAAACUGUACAUGGUAGAACAGUGUAGAGCAGAACGAACAUCUCUCAUUAAUAUGCAGAGGGAAUAUAAGUUAAUGCUCUGGGUUAGUGCAGUAUAUAGUGCACAUUCAUCUACACUGUAGGGAACAGGGUGUAGGUCACAAGUUUAUUGGGAUUUGGAACACAACCCAGGAACCUGAAGCACACAGGAUAAAGGAAUACAAUUUAUUUUGUGUUCUCGUCUUCCAGCACACCAGUGUCUCAAACCACUGAUCUGUAAAAUCAUAAGGAUCACAUGGCGUGCCAAAAACUGAACAAGAGAACCAUUCGCUCUGGAAAUAUAUCAAUAUAAAACUGUAAUUAUAUCACUAUAAUAUGUCACUGUAAUUUUAAAAUAUUUUUGUAUAGAAUAAUAUUUAUGUGAAUACAUUUCUGAAAGCAUCAAAAACAAGAAAACUAACCUAACUGGAAAUAUAUAAAUUAUAAUGAUGUUUUUUUGUUGUUUUGUUUCUUCUAUAGAACUGGAAAUAUAUACAUUUAUAAAUAUUCAGCGGCGGGUUUUUUUUUGUUUUGUUUUGUUUUGUUUUGAAGUUAGCAGAUAAACACAGGAACGUGAAACCAAACUGGAAGUUUUUGUAAACCUAUUUAUAUAUGUAUAAAUUUAUAUCAAAAUAUUUCCAAAAUUUGGAGCUUGAGGUGCCAAUAUUAAUGAACAAGUAAAGAAAAUAUAUAAGUGUAUAAAAUAUCAGGGAUAUUAUGGGAUUAUAAUAUUCAAAAAUUACACGUUUAACCUAGAUACACACACAUGCAAACACGCACACACACACACACACACACACACUGUAUGGUGAUAUUAGUGGUCAUUUCUGGUACAGGUUAUUUUUUGGUGCGUUGUGUCUCUGCACUGGUGCAAUAAACAUUUUUAUUAAAAAAACAACUUAUAAACAACACUCUGGAUAUUUUUGUAACUCUGAACAGGGUCUUCUGUUUAUAUGAAAUAAAUGUAAUAUAAUCCUGCAUUUUGUAAAACUUGUAAAUAUAUAUUUUUUUGCAUUUUAAGUAUAAAUACAUUACUGUACAAAUAAAAUAUAAAACAUUUCAAAUGAACAUUUACAUCAGAGUGAAUUAUCAUUAAUUCUUUAUUCAACAUCUUUACUUUGAUUUAAUGACAUAUUUAUUUUUGGUAGUCAUCAGGUCACAUGACCAGCCGAAUUAAUGAGCCAUGUAUAUGUUUUUAUACUAUUUAAAACUAUAUUUUAUAUUAUUUAUCCACAUUCUUUAUAUUUUCAUCAUAAAUUACUAUUUUAUUUUAUUAAUAAUAAAUAAACAUUAAAGCUUCUUUCUUUUA